AGGGAAAUGGCCCCAAGCUCUGUGGUGGUCAAUAUUGAGAAGCCUGGUGGAAAUAAUGGAAUAGCUCUGGUAGAAAUCAAUGAUCCCAAUUCACCUUUAUUGCAGGACAAGCAGAAAGUUGCAGGUCCUAAGCAGUUUACAUGGGUUCUGUUUCUCAAAGCACAGAGAGCUCUGGGAUGUAUUCCAUGGUUAGUUACAGGUUUGUUGGCAAUGUUUGUUUCAGUCAAGAAACGCAUUGCGCAUUCAGAUGCAACAGAUGAAGAUUACAAGUAUAGAGGGAGGUUGUAUAAGUUUUUGAAGGCCUUUCUUGCAAUAUCAGUGGUGGCUUUGGUCAUUGAGAUUAUUGCUUAUUUUCAGAAAUGGAAUUUGAGUAUGAUUCGUCCUUGGGAGGUUCAUGGUGCUGUGCAAUGGUGUUAUGUGGCCUGGCUGUCCUUAAGAGUUGAUUAUGCUGCUCCCUUCCUGGUAAUGCUUUCCAAGUUCUGCAUUGUACUUUUCAUGAUUCAGUCUUUGGAUCGACUGGUGCUUUGCCUUGGAUGGUUCUGGAUUAAGUUCAAGAAGCUGAUGCCAGUGGUAGAAGGAGAAGCAUAUGACAUCGAGGAUGCCUCAAGUUUCCCUAUGGUUCUUGUACAGAUUCCCAUGUGCAAUGAGAAGGAGGUCUACGAACAAUCAAUUGCAGCUGUCUGCCAGCUAGAUUGGCCAAAGGAUCGACUUUUGAUUCAAGUCUUGGAUGAUUCUGAUGAUGAAAUUGCACAGGCAUUGAUAAGAACCGAAGUGCUGUCGUGGAAAGAGAAAGGCGUUAACAUAGUGUACAGGCAUCGGUUCAUUAGAACAGGUUACAAAGCUGGAAAUCUCAAAUCAGCAAUGGCCUGUGACUAUGUCAAAGACUUCGAGUUUGUUGCCAUAUUUGAUGCUGAUUUUCAACCCAAUCCUGACUUCCUAAAGCAGACAAUUCCUCAUUUCAAGGGAAAACCAGAAGUAGGACUAGUCCAGGCUCGAUGGUCCUUCGUGAACAAGGAUGAGAAUCUACUAACUAGACUCCAGAAUAUAAACUUAUGCUUCCAUUUUGAGGUGGAGCAACAAGUAAAUGGUGUGUUUCUGAACUUCUUCGGAUUCAAUGGCACGGCUGGUGUCUGGAGGAUCAAGGCCUUGGAAGACUCUGGAGGGUGGCUCGAAAGGACAACAGUGGAGGACAUGGAUAUUGCAGUCCGGGCUCACUUGCAAGGCUGGAAAUUCAUAUACCUUGAUGAUGUUAGGGUGCUCUGCGAGCUGCCUGAAUCUUAUGAAGCCUACAGAAAGCAACAGCAUCGUUGGCAUUCUGGCCCUAUGCAGCUCUUUAGAUUGUGCCUACCUGCCAUCAUAACUUCCAAGAUAUCAAUCUGGAAGAAAGCCAACAUGAUUUUCCUCUUCUUUCUCCUGAGGAAAUUGAUACUUCCUUUCUACUCAUUCACGUUAUUCUGCAUCAUACUUCCAUUAACUAUGUUCAUACCAGAGGCUGAGUUACCUGCUUGGGUUAUAUGCUACGUCCCCAUCGUUCUGUCUAUAUUGAAUAUUCUUCCAGCACCAAAGUCUUUCCCAUUUUUGAUGCCUUACCUGCUGUUCGAGAACACAAUGUCCGUGACAAAAUUUAAUGCAAUGAUCUCCGGCCUAUUUCAGCUGGGAAGUGCCUAUGAAUGGGUAGUCACCAAGAAGACAGGCCGAGCAUCAGAAUCAGAUUUAUUAGCCCUCGCUGAGAGAGAAGCGAAAUCUUUUAACGAAGAAAAGAUUCAGAGAAGGCUUUCGGAAUCAGGUCUUGAAAUGCUCGGAAAGCUAAAGGAGCAAGGGGAGAAGCCGGUGAUGAAGAACAAGAGGAACAGAAUCUACAGGAAGGAACUUGCCCUUGCUUUUCUUUUACUCACAGCAUCAGCAAGAAGCCUGCUGUCAGCACAUGGAAUUCAUUUCUAUUACUUGCUGUUUCAGGGCUUAUCCUUCCUGGUGGUUGGCCUGGAUUUAAUUGGAGAACAAGUAAGCUAAGGAGUUAUGAGUAAUACAUAAAACAAUUUUGUGUGUUUUCUUGAGCAAUCAGGAUUGAUUUGCAGAUGAAAAAGAUCAAAUUUCCAGUUCUUGAGCAUUAUCUAGAUUGCCAUGAACUGGGAUAUCCUAGCAUACUAUAUAAUCUACUGUCCAGAAUCCAGAGGUAGUAUAGUACAAAUUUCAUACUUUAAUUGUAAAAUUACGAGGAGGAAACAAUCAUAUACUCAGCACAAAUGUAUCAUUCUAUAUAAA